UGACAACCUAACAUUCCGGAAGAACUCCACUAGAGCGCUUCAUCGAAGUAAACAAGAUGGCUGUGAAUGUCAGAAGAGGUUUGGAGAUCCCAGAGCCAUCAGAUUACAGCAGCUGUGAAGAUGAUGAUGUGUCUUAUUACACAGAUCUGCAGCAGCCUGAUAAUAAUCUACCGGAGUCUGCAAGAGUGAUCAAUAAGCUGUUAAACAACCUUGUUGACAGUGCAUGGGAAGUUAUAUCAAAGCAGGAGAAGAUCAAGAGGGGUGAAGAAGCAGCAAGACAAAUCCCUGUGCUGAAUGCUACUAAAGAAAUGAAGCUUCCAGGCAGAACUAAUAGUAUCGUGAGCUCUGAUGAUGGACUUUACCUGUUUCUGGGUCACACUCACGGUGUGUCAGUCAUCAGUACAUCCACUCUCACCUGUGUAAGAACAUGGCAGGAUGAAAGAGUGGAGAUUACAAGCAUCUCUUGUGCCUCUCUGGGAAAUGCCACACACCUCUUAUUCACAGUGGAUGACAUGGGUAUUGCACGGCUUUUUGUGCAUCACAUGGAGAAUAUUUAUUUAAUAAAAGUCAUCAAUGAAACUGAAGAUAUAAACCAAAGAAACAUCUGUGCAAAAUUUGAAGUGUCUAGAAGUGGGGACUUUGGAGCUGCAGUCAUGACAUGUAAAUUUCCUAUUAAAAUAUGGAAAUGUAAUAUAAGACUAAAAAUACAGUUAACUGUGAGUACUACUGAUUCAUUAAUGCUGUUGUGGUAUAUUAUCAAUGAAGCCAGUGGCUCUGUUUGGCUGGAUGUCUAUCGCUUCCCAGUAGAUGUGUGGCUCAAAGAGCUGGAAACCAAACAGGCUACACAAACCCAACAGAACACAGAAGCCAAACUGUCUCCAGUAAUCUUACUCAUGAAGAUCAAACCUCCAGAAAUCCCUACAGGAACCUCUCUGAAAAGUCCAUCUGAGGUCCUGCAGAAGACAGAGGAAGGCACUAUAAUAGGCUCAGGCCAAAAUCACUUCAUAAGUAGUCGUCAAUGGGAAAACCAGGAUGCAGCAUUUAAGAAAAUGUUCAUGAAGUACCUCAGCUCCAGCUCUGCGAUGCCACCACAGCAAAAAGCAGAAGGACCCAGCAACUGUACUUGUCACUUCUUACUGCGUGAGGGGUUUCAUUCACUGCCUGGGGAAGCGAAGGCAGCGAGAGAUAUUCCCAUUGCUGUGUGCCUGUGGUGGAAUGGCAGCUAUAACCUCUUACAGUAUCUUCUGAUGAAGACCCUUAAAGAGAAGGACAGUGAACCCAGGCCAGAUGUUUUGUGGCCCAAUUCUCAGAAAAUCCUCUGCUCUGCCAUCAGUGCUUGCACACGGUUUGUUGUUCUAGGACUCGACGGUCAGCUGGUUACUAUAUGGGACAGACGGUUUGGGUGUCCAUAUGCUAAUAUUGUGAUCCCAGGAGAUGGUGCCAUUUGCAGGAUGAGGCUUCUUUUGCAGAGUCAAUUGCCGGUCACUCAGCUCUUUCAGGGUCCCUUUUUACCCACACUACAGUUAGUGCUCACUUGCAGAAGUGGGGCAUGUUACAGUGUGACAGCAGGCAGAGGAGGAGACACAUGCACUGUUGCACUUAUUGAAAGAUCUGCAGACCCAGGCAGUUCUGUCACUGUAGCUGAACCUGUGCCUUUCCUGAAGUUUCUGAUUUUGUUGAUGCAAAGAAAUGGGCAAGUAUCGAUAUGGAAAACGGAGGAUUGCGCACCAGUAUUUAUCUUAAACCUGCCCCCAACUCAUGUGCUGGGCUCACUCAGGGAACCUGUGUGUCUGCUUGAGCCAGUCCAACAAAAACUAUAUAUUACAGGUGACAGAAAAGCACCUUUGGUGGAGGUGACUGAUAGGAACAAGGAUGAGAGCGCUCUCUUCAUCUUCAGCUUUUCAGAAUGCACACUGAUGGAUCUGUACCGUGUCUCGAGUCCAGCUGUAAGUGAAAAAGAGACCAGGGCCACACUCUCAGAUUUGGAGGAGGUCUACAACCUUUACUUUAAGGAAAGAGCUGAACACAAAAAGAGGAACAGAAAUUUGGCUUUCCAAUGGGAGCAGCUUUCGAAGCGUGAUAUUAAAUGAUGCUUCAUAUAGUCAUACUGACAGACAGAGAAUGAGUCUUAUUUUUUAUUUAUUAAUGAGGAUAAAAUGUAUGCACGUAUUAAUUAAUCAAUUAGCCAGAGAAAAAAUGUAUGUUUUAAUUUUUGCUGUCAUAUAUAAAAAAAAAAAUAAAAAAAACACAAACAUUGAAUACCGUACAUUUGAAAUUCAAAUGAAAGUUAAUUUCAGUUCAGGGUUACUAGGAGAUUACAUGUCAGUUUUCACAAGAAGCUCUUCUACAUGAAGCCAGGCCAGUGCAAAUGUGUUUAUAUGUGCACUUGUCUUAUGUCAGAAAAUGUCAUAUAAUAUCACAGCUAAACAUGUCUCCCACACAUUGUACUGAAUGUCACUACAGUUUUUCUUGUUAUUUAUUUUAUAUGAUGAGCCAUAGGCACUGGUCUUCAGAUUUGCUCCAUUUAAGUCUUUUUCCGGCAAGCAACUCAUUUCAAGAUUAGUACAUUUGUACUGUUUGUGCUGAACAUCAAUUUAAUUGAAUUUGAGCUUCAAUAUUAAUCAGAGUAACUAGAUUUUGCUUCCUCAGGCAUAUUAAAAACCUCAACCAUUCCAUUUUAUGUCGUUUUGUCUAUUCAAUGUUUUGUUAAAUUUUUACUUGUUCUUCUUUAAGUGGACUGCCCAUGGGCAGAGGGGAGGCCGUAUUUUUAUGAGGUUAUAGAAUCUUGCAUUAUUGCAAUUCUCCUCAGAUAUCACUCAGAUCUUCAGUCCAGCUGUUUUUAAAUGUCCCGAAAUCUCGAUUGAAAACAAAAGGCAACAGGUCUUUUUCAGUCUAUGCUCCAAAACUUUGGAGCCAAGUUGUUGGUUUAGAUGAUUUAUCAAGCUUAUACAAUUCUUCCUCUCCUAUAUCAGAGAAUGUGUGGAACUGUUCCUCAGGGGAUCUAUAGUGCACUGUCUGAUGUGAUACUGUAGCUGACGCCUGAAGGCUUAUAAUUUGAUCUCUAAUAGUAUCUAACUUAAAAGUAAAGUAGUUCAUAAAGUCAUUACUGUUGUGAUGUUGGGAAAUGUCAACACUUGUUGAUGCUUUAUUUUUUGGCAAUUUAGCCACUGUAUUG